CUAUGGAUCAUCUACCUACAAAACGUUGAUCCAUUGAUGAAGAUACUCCACGUACCCACGAUCCAACCAGUUAUGCUCGGCGUGGCAGCCAAACCUCAAGGAGCGGACAACAUGACACUGGCUCUUCUUUAUGCUGCUACCUUUGCGGCAACAACCAGUAUGUCCGGCACCGAGGUCGCAACGCAGCUAGGUGUAGAAAGGCUGAUUCUUCUGCGCCACUUCAUGCGGGAGAUAGACGGCGCAUUCACGAGAGCUCAAUUUCUACUCUAUCCUAACGUUCAGGGGUUGAAAGCUCUGGCAAUAUACUUGACGGCGUUGAGGACCUUUGACACCGGUCGAACCAUCUGGACACUCACCGGCCUCGCCAUCAGAAUAGCAGAAUCCCUCGGCGUGCACGAAGACGGCUCCCGUCUCGGCUUAGGUCCCUUUGAAACGGAAAUGCGGUGUCGUCUCUGGUGGCAUCUCACCGCCCUCGACGCCACAGCGCCCGAAAGCCACGGGUUCAAUAACACAAUGGCCGAUCGCGGCAAAAUCUUCCGCUUACCGCUGAAUGUGAACGAUACCGAAUUAUGGCCCCAAAUGGAAAAGGUUCCUACCGGAAGAGACGAAUGGACCGAGACGACCUUCUCCAUCAUGAACCUGGACCUCUGCCGCAACUUACGCCAUGCUGUCUCCGCUGUUGGCGCGGCGGACGAGCAGACGAGGGAGGCCAAGAUCCAGCAGACGGAGUCGUCCAUGGCCCACCGCUGGCUCCGGUUUGCACCAAAGAAUAAUGACGUAUGCCGUGCCGCGGAGUCUUUGCUUCGGAUAUCUGUAGCCAAAGCGCGAUUCAUCUUGAUGCUUCAGGCUUGGCUCUCGGCGCCGAUGGAGCACGAGUGCAGGUAUCGAUACCUGCCCCAUUCACUCUUUACCACUGCCAUCGAAUUGCUCGAGCAAGGGUAUCUACUACAGUCGGGGAAACUGUUCCCUGGCUUCGCCUGGUUCUAUCAGCAGCAUCCGCAAUUAUACGCCCUGUUCCUCACGCUCCGCACGCUCGUCGAUUCACCUGAGCGAGGGGAGGCGGAACGCGCUUGGUUUGCUGUGGAU